AUGAACAACUCUAUAGAAAAACUUGAAACAAUGAAUACAAAAGAUGAAAACAUCUUAAUGCAAAAUCAAAUAACAUCAGACACAAAGAUGUUAACAAGCAACAAUGAACAAGAAAGUCAAUUAGAAUGUCAAACAGAAUUAACUAAGAACAAGCUGAAUAUAGAACAUAAAAACAUACCAGUGGACUCACUUACAAGUCUAAAAAAACAUAGAAAUAAAAGAAGAAUCACAACCCCAAAAGUGGGAAGAACUAUAGUCUUAAGAACAUUAGCUUCCUAUACAAAAGCCAGAGAACUGCAAUAG